AUACUAUUAACACAAAGAUUGUUGUUCUAUGAUUAACACGCAUAGGAAAUUACAUUAAACCUUACAAAACCAGGUUUAUUUGAAAAUAUUUUCAUGUGUAAUAAGCGUAUAGUAUAAUUAAUAUUUUUUAAUUAUGUUAAAAGUAUCGAUACUUAGUGCUUUAUCGACACUACAACGUAUGACAGUUUUUAAUCUAAAGAAUUCCUGCAAUAGUAUACAUACUACUGUGGCUAAUCAAUUGAAAGAAAUUAAAGCGACCAGAAGCAAUAAUACAUUGACUAUUGAAGGAGUUCAAGUCCAAUCACCUAGAACUAAAUAUUUAAUUAAAAUACCUAGUGAAUGCUGUCCAUUAUGUCGUCUUAAUCUUGAUGUUAAACAUACUGAUGUAUUAAUCUUAAGUCAGUUUGUUAGACCUGAUGGUUGUAUGAUGCCACAACGAAUAACUGGUCUAUGUCGAACUCAACAAAAAAGAAUUAGUAAAAUGGUUUCCAUGGCACAUAAAGCAGGUUUAAUGUGCAAUAUUACUUUAAAUGAUAAGGUAAAGGAUCCAUCUAAAAGAAAAGAUUGGAAAAAAUAUAAUACAUACUAUGAUGAAUCUACAAUUAAAGUAUAUGAAAAUCAUUUUCAAAUUGCCAGAAGAGAUAUUAUUUCUAAAUAUUUGAAAUCUUCAUCGUAAAUUUUUAUUUUAUUUAUUAGUUUACUUACAUAGAUCAUAAUAUAAAUAAUAUACUACUACUUUCAAAACCAAUUAAAUUGUGUUUUAUAAAAGAACUUAAGUAUAAGUAAAAAGAUUGG